AUGUUUGAUGAUAACCAAGUUGUGAAAAGAUCGCUGAAUGAUCCCGUGGAUACAUCGCCGCAUGUUGUUGCUGGAACAGGUGUUACAGGAACAGCCUCGUAUGAAUUUCAUGGUCCUUCUGGACUCUUUGUUGAUACGAACUUAGACUUAUAUGUGGCAGAUUAUGAAAAUCAUCGAGUUCAGUUGUUUCAGUACGGAGAAUCAAAUGGAACCACAGUGGCUGGACUUCAAUCACUAAAUCCAACAAUUUCUCUUCAUAAUCCAACUGUAAUUAACUUAGAUGCGGAGAAAUAUUUAUUUAUCAUGGAUUAUUUUCAAGAACGCAUCGUUGGUUCAGGCUCGUAUGGUUUUCGAUGUUUAGUUGGAUGCCACGGAGAGGAACCAGAAUCCUAUUCAUUGGCCCGCAAUAGUUUUUAUUUCGAUCGCUCUGGGAAUAUGUUUGUUGCUGGUAGAAUAAAAAUUCAAAAAUUUCAAUAUUUGGAAGAAUCGUGUAGUAAGUUUAAACUAAUCGAAUAUAGUGUUCCACAUAAUUUCAAUUAA